AUGUAUUUUUCCCAGGAAGAAUGGGAGUUACUGGAUCCCACUCAGAAGGCCCUCUACAAUGAUGUAAUGCGGGAAAACUAUGAGACUGUCAUCUCUCUAGCAUUAUUUGUGCUCCCCAAACCUAAAGUGAUCUCCUAUCUAGAGCAAGGGGAAGAGCCAUGGGUUCAAGGGCCCUUGGAGUUGAAGAAUAGUCCUGGAGAGCUGCCUUCAGGAUUAAAGGUCAAAACUGACAAUGAAAACCAUCAGCCUGUGUGUCUUUCUGACUUAGAAAUACAAGCACCGGAAGACAUAGUAUCAAAGAAGACCCGAGUGAAAGUUCCCCAGAAAACAACAGGCAAAGAAAAUCAUGGUGAUACACACAGGAUGGGGAAAUGGCACCGAGAUUUUCCCGUGAAGAAAAGAAAGAAACUUUCAACUUGGAAACAAGAGCUGCUAAAACUUAUGGAUCUUCACAAGAAAGCUCGUGCUGGAGAGAAGCCAUUUAAAUGCCAGGAAUGUGGGAAAAGCUUCAAAGUUAGCUCUGACCUUAUUAAGCACCAAAGAAUUCACACUGAAGAGAAACCAUAUAAAUGUCAACAGUGUGAUAAGAGGUUUAGAUGGAGUUCAGAUCUUAAUAAGCACUUAACAACACACCAAGGAAUAAAACCAUAUAAAUGUUCCUGGUGUGGGAAAAGCUUCAGUCAAAAUACAAAUCUACAUACGCACCAAAGAACUCACACUGGAGAGAAGCCCUUUACAUGUCAGGAAUGUGGGAAAAAAUUCAGUCAGAACUCCCACCUUAUUAAACAUCGGAGAACCCACACAGGUGAGCAGCCAUAUACUUGUAGCGUAUGCAGGAGAAACUUCAGCAGGAGGUCAAGUCUUCUUAGACACCAGAAACUCCACCGCUGA